CUUCUGAAAUGAUGAGCAGAUGUGGAAUUCUUACAGGCGAAAACCAACGAAUGACAGUUAACUCAUGUCGAGAGCUCUCUGCGCAGACACUCGGACACCCGGCACAUGUCACCAUUUCCAGGAAGCGGGUACUAGUACCGUCUCCCUGGUACAGAUGAGGACAUAGCCUUAGACACGACAGGUCCGACACGCAGUCACGACCCUACCAGCCCCAACACUGAGCGAAAGCCAAGUGCUCAGGCCUUCUGUCCGGCGCUCCUCUUCCAGACACGGCCUUCCGAGACCCUCCAGGGCCCACCUUUCCAGACUCCCGAGACACAGUGGGAAACGUGCGAACAGUGAAAAAGUCAGCGGCCAUGCUCUGCCAUCUCUUCAGCCGCGAGGCUGGAACCCGGAGCUGGGCCCGGUUCCCCAACGUGGCCGGUCCUCGGAGACAAGAACUCUGGCGUCCCGCCAGACACUGCACGUGAACGCUCGCUUCCAGGCGAGAAGUUUCGGGGCCCGCGACAAGCCGGCCGGCUCCGGGGACCAAGGCGCUUCCCGGAGCCCGCAGCCUGCAGAGGGAGUGCCUUUCCAUCCACAUUGGCCAAGCUGGUAUCCAGAUUGGGGAUGCUUGCUGGGAACUCUAUUGCCUGGAACAUGGAAUCCAGCCAGAUGGCGUUGUUCUCAACAGUAGAAAGGAUCAACUGGACAGUGAGAACAUGGAGCAUAUGGAUGCAUCUUUCAAUACCUUCUUUUGUGAGACGAGAGCUGGGAAGCACGUGCCCAGAGCCCUCUUCAUGGAUCUGGAUCCUGCUGUUAUAGAUGGGAUUCGAGCUGGCCAGCACCGCUCUCUCUUCCACCCAGAGCAGCUCGUCAGCGGGAAGGAAGAUGCCGCGAACAACUACGCCCGCGGUCGCUACUCUGUGGGGUCCGAGAUCAUCGACCUUGUGCUAGAGAGGAUCCGAAAGCUGGCAGAGCAGUGCAGUGGACUUCAGGGAUUUUUGAUUUUCCGAAGCUUUGGAGGAGGCACCGGAUCAGGAUUUACAUCUCUCUUAAUGGAGCGGCUCUCGAUAGACUAUAGCAGGAAGACGAAAUUGGAGUUCUCUGUCUAUCCAGCCCCCGGGAUCUCCACUGCUGUGGUGGAGCCUUACAACUCCGUCCUUACCACGCACUCCACGCUGGAGCACUCGGACUGCACCUUCAUGGUGGACAACGAGGCCAUCUAUGACAUCUGCCACCAUAAACUCGGUGUCGAGCGCCCCUCUUACGCCAGCAUUAAUAGGCUGAUAGGUCAGGCAGUAUCUUGCAUUACUGCUUCCCUCCGGUUUGAAGGGCCCUUGAAUGUGGACCUCAUUGAAUUCCAGACCAACCUAGUACCUUACCCAAGAAUACAUUUCCCCAUGACAACAUUUGCCCCCAUCAUCUCUGCUGACCACGCCUACCGUGAGGAGCCCUCUGUGUCUGACAUCACUGCCGCCUGCUUUGACUUCUCCAAUCAGCUGGUCAAGUGCGACCCUCGGCUGGGGAAGUACAUGGCCUGCUGCCUACUCUACAGAGGGGACGUGGUCCCCAAAGAUGUGAAUGCAGCCAUCGCAGCCAUGAAGUCAAGGAACUCUGUGCAGUUUGUGGAUUGGUGUCCGACGGGUUUCAAGGUGGGCAUCAACAACCAGCCACCCACAGUGAUGCCAGGAGGGGACCUGGCCAAGGUCCAGCGGGCCGUGUGCAUGCUGAGCAACACCACGGCCGUCGUGGAGGCGUGGGCCCGCCUGGACCACAAGUUCGACCUCAUGUACGCCAAGAGGGCGUUUCUGCACUGGUAUCUCAGGGAAGGCAUGGAGGAAGGCGAGUUCUCAGAGGCCAGGGAAGACUUGGCCGCUCUGGAGAAGGAUUAUGAAGAAAUGGGGCAAAGUUUCUGAUGGAAACGUGGCUGGGGAGAAUGAGUGUUGAGUCGAAGUGUCAUGCUUUCUUUUCAAGACUUAUGUACUCUUGAUGGGUAGAGUUCCCUUGACUGGAAGAAACUGGAAACCAAAUCAAGCAAGACCCUAAGCUCUGCACUAAAUCGAAUGGGUCAAUAUCAACAAUGAACUCACAGGUCUUCGGUGGUUCAGCAUGGCUACCUGUGAACCCCCCCGGUUUGGGAUCCUUUGAGCGUCUGGAUCAUGUCCGUGUUUCUUUUCUUUUGUUUUCUUUUUUUUUUCUUAGAAUGGAAACCUAGCUUUAUUCUUUGCUUCUUCAACAAAAGAUGAUGAAACCCUAAAGUCAGUGCUUUUUGCUUUCCCUUUCCUGAAGUGUAAAACAGCACAUGUUAAUUAUUAAUGUUAUUUCCCCCAUGUCUGUAUUUUGUACAUUGAUUAAAUAAUGAACA